CUCCCUCACUCCUCCCUCUCUCUCAUCCAAGUUUUUUUUGACCGUAAAUAGCUCGUCCUCCCCGUAUAAUCAAACUCAUGGCUGUAGCUCAGCUUGUAAGACAGGGAAGAAGAUAGGAGAUCUGGAGGGAGGGGUCCCGGCAGACAUGGGUGAUCGAGAGCCUGGCUCAGGUGGGAACGAACUGAAAAGACACCUUGCCAAGAGCCAGUGCAGUCAGAAGAGGCCUUUGUUGUACUCCUGCUUCCAUUUCCUGCUCUUGCUUUGUCUGGUGCUCUUCCUCGUGAGUUACACUCUCUCCAGCAGAUCUCUGGGAUGGUGGGAGAAGUUUCCACUCCAUAUGCACUACCAGAGGAUUUUUAAUUGGUCCCAUCCUGUUAUCCUAACUACUAAUGUCAAUCCAAGACACAGAUUUAAAUUAAAUGAAAUACGUGAAACCACAGCAAGCCCUACCAUACCACCUACUGUACCACCUACUGUACCACCUACUAUACCACCUACCAUACCACCCACUUUACCAGCUACUGUACCAGCUACUGUACCACCUACUGUACCACCCACCAUACCACCCACUUUACCAGCUACUGUACCACCUACUGUACCACCCACCAUACCACCCACUUUACCAGCUACUGUACCACCUACAGGUGUUCAGUACCACCAAGCCUACCCUCGCAACUACCACUUUAUUAUGGAUAACACAGAGGUGUGCAAGACCAAGACCCCUUUCCUGGUCCUGAUGGUUCCAGUGGCACCAAAUAACGUGGUAGCUCGGGACGCCAUCCGGCAGACAUGGGGCAACGAGAGCCUGGUUCAGGGUGAGGUGGUGCUCACACUCUUCAUGUUGGGCGCCUCUGGAGGAGCUGAUGCCGAGCAGCUAAAGGAGAAAGUCAAACAGGAGAAUCUGCAGCACCACGACCUGAUUCAGAGUGACUUCAUGGACACUUACCUCAAUCUGACCAUCAAGACCAUGGUGAUUAUGGAGUGGCUGGCUACACGCUGCUCUACAGCAGCAUACGCCAUGAAGAUUGACUCAGACAUGUUCCUAAACAUUGACAACUUGGUGAUCAUGCUAAAGAAGCCAGGCAUUCCCAAGCAGAAUUACCUGACAGGGAUGCUUAUGUGGAACAGGCCGGUCGUGCGUUCAAAGAACUCCAAGUGGUACGUCUCUGAGGAGUUGUAUCCAGAAUCCACAUACCCGACCUACACUCUGGGCAUGGGAUAUGUCUUCUCCAACGAUCUUCCAGUUAAAUUUGUGGAGGCUUCGAAAUCAAUCAAACCCUUUAACAUAGAGGAUGCUUACAUUGGAAUGUGCAUGAAAAACCUGGGGCUUUCUCCCACAUCGCCGCCAAAUCCCUCUCAGUUCAAGGCUUAUAAUGUAAAAUAUAAUCGUUGUGAAUACUCCAAGAUCAUCACCUACAUUCUUGGGAGUUCAAAAGAGUUGGUGAACUACUGGACAGACUUGAAAAAGCCUGAACCACCGUGUUAGGACAACGAUGCACUGAUAAAUCACAUGGGUGGAUUUGGAGGUUAAUUUAUCUAUAGAUUUCAGGCUCAUUUCAGAAAUGACAACUGAGAUUAUGGUAUUGAAAUGGUAAAAUGGUGAAAAGAAGCCUUUAUUUAAAAUUUUGUGUAUUUAAAAAAGUGAAGGGUGUGUGUGUUUUUUUGUUGUUGUAGCUUCUGAUAUGUGAAGUGGAAAUAUGCGUGAGUGGAAGUAAAGGUACCCUGUGGAUUUAAA